UAGGCAGAACUUUCAGGAUUGUACCCAUGUGGACCAGAUCACGGAUCCAUGACAACUUUCAAUUAAAAAGAGUCAGAUAAUUUAAAACAGAAUCCGAUAAAACUGAGAGUCAGGAAGUGUACAAUCGCGGCAUGACUGUCUGAGUUGUUGUUACAGGAGUGUUGUGCUGUGUCGUUGGGCGUAUUGCUUUGCAUGUUGAAGGCGGAGCAGCUACAGAGGAUCUAAUGUUAAACGUAUUGGUGAUACUUUAACAUUGGAAAGGGCGACACCACCCUGCUAACCGUAAACUAGCUUUAAUAUCUAGACAUAAACACCACCUCUCUCUUCUGUGAGACCUGCAACGCUUCACAUCUAACGCUCAUUACCAGGCAGACAUGGCUGCUACUCAAUGUGUAACCAAGGUGGAGCUGACUGUGUCCUGUGAGAAUCUUCUGGACAAGGACAUCGGCUCAAAGUCUGACCCCAUGUGUUCCCUGUUGAUGAGCAGCACUGACUCCCAGUGGUAUGAGGUGGGACGCACUGAGCAAGUCCAGAAUUGCCUGUGCCCAAAGUUUGCAAAAAAGUUUGUCAUCGACUACUACUUUGAAAUAGUGCAGAAACUGAAGUUUGGGAUUUAUGACAUCGACAACAAAACUAUCGACCUGAGUGACGACGACUUCCUGGGGGAACUGGAGUGUACGCUGGGCCAGGUUGUGUCCAGUAAAAAACUGACCCGACCCCUUCUCUUGAAGAAAAAAUCCCCUGCAGGAAAAGGGACCAUCACAAUCAGUGCAGAAGAAAUCAAAGAUAACAGGGUGGCCAAUUUUGAAGUUGAAGCAAGAAAACUUGAUAACAAGGAUUUCUUUGGGAAGUCCGACCCUUACCUGGAAUUCUACAAGCAGACGGCAACUGGAUGGCAGCUGGCUCACAGGACCGAGGUGGUGAACAACAACUUGAAUCCAACAUGGAAACCCUUUCGAAUCUCCCUGCAGUCUCUCUGUGGAGGAGACAUGGACAAACCUAUAAAAGUUGAGUGUUAUGACUAUGACAACGAUGGCUCACAUGAUCUUAUUGGAACCUUUGAGACCACGAUGACACGCUUCCAACAAGCAUCGCGAUCCUCUCCGGCAGAGUUUGAAUGCAUGAACAGUAAAAAGAAACAGAAGAAGAAAGGCUACAAGAACUCUGGUGUUGUGAGCGUGAAGUUAUGCCAGGUGGUGAAGGAGUAUACCUUCCUGGAUUACAUUAUGGGAGGCUGUCAAAUCAACUUCACCGUGGCUAUUGACUUCACAGGCUCCAACGGGGAUCCCAAGUCUCCUCAGUCCCUGCACUACAUCAGUCCUCAGGGCGUCAACGAGUACCUCUCUGCCAUUUGGUCUGUGGGCAAUGUCAUCCAGGACUAUGACAGUGACAAGAUGUUUCCUGCAUUUGGCUUUGGAGCCCAAAUCCCUCCCACAUGGCAGGUUUCCCAUGAGUUCCCUCUCAAUUUCAACCCGUCAAAUCCAUUUUGUACAGGCAUAGAAGGUGUGGUGGAGGCCUACAGGGUGUGUCUGCCCCAGGUCAAACUCUACGGUCCCACCAACUUCCCCAUCAUCAACCACGUAGCCUGCUUUGCUAAGCAAGCCCUGCAGCAGACCACUGCAUCACAAUACUACGUUCUGCUGAUCAUCACUGACGGAGUGAUCACAGACAUGGAUGACACCCGCAGUGCCAUCGUCAACGCCUCUCGUCUGCCCAUGUCCAUCAUCAUCAUCGGAGUAGGGGGGGCGGACUUCACUGCCAUGGAGUUCCUAGAUGGAGACGAUGGACGUCUGCGCUCUCAGACCGGCGAGACCGCCAUGCGAGACAUCGUCCAGUUUGUGCCAUACAGGCAGUUCGAAAAGGGUCCUCGGGAAGCACUGGCCAAGAGUGUGUUGGCAGAGGUCCCGGGUCAGCUGGUGGAGUUUUUCAAUAUCAUGAAGCUGACUCCACCCAAAGCCAGUCCUGCACCGACCCCUGCACCGACCCCGGCAGGGACCAACUGAUGCUUCAAGGAAACUAACAGACAUCUCCUGCAGAUUAUAAGGAGAUCCCAGCUUCAGCUUAAACGGCAAUUUCCUUCCUACACUUUCCUAACUAAACCUUUUUCUUUCCACACACACAAAAUACAUUCACAUUGCAGAAACAUUAUAUUUUUUUAAUUCAUCAUGAGAGUGCAGUUUACUUUUAUGCCCGUUUGAUGGCUUCAGCACCAGACAAAAAAUAAUGCUGUUAAAGGCAUUAAGAUGACCUUUUAAUUAUGGCAUCAACAAAUGCAUGGGAAACUGGUGUGAUAGUAAAAUAUAUCACAAAUAAUUUGUAUGUCAUUAGCAAAAUGCCUGCUGCACUACUAGCAUAAUCGUGUACGUACAGUAUUGCCAAGUAGAUAUGUAGACGCUGCUGUUUUGGCACAUAGAGAACAUAUUGCCUUAAUGUUCUCUAUGCACAUGCUUCCCUAUGCACUAUGAGGUUUUACCUAAUGAAUGCCAAACUCUCUGUAGUUAUAGACUUGUGUAAACCAGAGCUAUUUAUACCUUUAAGUAUGAAACUGAAAUAUUGUGAUCGCUACAAAAGUAGUAGUUCGUUAUGAGGUAUUGUGCCAGUCAUCACUCAGUUAUUGUAGUUGACCAUUAUGCCAGUUUGUACUUUGACUUCCACAUUUAGAUUAGCAAAGACACCAUUGGGUCGUUCCCUUGACAUGGACUAACAAGUAAGGAUUUACUUUUCCUACUAUAUGGCUAUCGACCUUUGAUUUACUCUGUUUUAUCUCAUUUCAGUAUUAAUCAUUUCCACCUGGAAACUAGAUUCAGUACUGCUUAAUGUAAUCUUUGCAUGUCAAGUACACAACUGUCUGUUACAAUUUAAUUGUUGUACAAUGAAAGCUAUAAAUAAGCAUCUGAUGUAUCAGCUUUAGGUGAUGUGCCUUAAGUGUUUCCAUACAGAAAGUGCACCCCCCCCCCCAAUAAAGCAGCUCUUAUACAA